UUAUAUCUCCUGCGGUGGCAAAUUCUCGCCUUUAUCAGCAACUUUUUACUCAUAAUUGAGAAUGCAGAAACGCAUAAAAUUUCGAUAGGGAACGUGUAUUUGGGAUCAUCCUUAAAUCAUGGAGGACAGCGAUAGGCGAGAAGAAAAUAACCAAGUGACAGAAGAUGCAAAGGAGCAAGAAAAGAGCUCUGACGAUCAGUACCAACCGAUAUCGCGAUCCGAUCGUAGAUCCAAGGAAGGAUCAGAGAAAAGAAGAGUAUCUCGCUCGCGAUCGAGAUCACGAAGCAAGCCUCCGCGCCGAAGGAAACGGACGAGUGCGAACGCUUAUCUGAACUUCAUGCAAGAUUUCAAGCAGGAUUAUGAAAAGUUGAAGAGUCAAGAUCUGUUUCGGCUCGGGGGACAAAAGUGGCGGCGAAUGUCGUCCGCGGAAAAGAAGCCGUACGUGGAGGCGGCUAAUCAAGUGAAGCAACAAACUCAACAAAACGGCAAAAAUGAACGGCAAAAUAAGUCAGUUGUCAGCGACCCUUCGAAGAAACCCGAUGAUCAAAAAGACCAGAAAAGGAAGGAUCAGGAGAGAAAGCGUUCUAAAAGCAGGACGGACGAUUCUUACACGGAUACAGAUUCAAUGACCUCCGAAACGGACGCGACUAGCGAGGACGUUUCGGAUUUGAGCUCUUAAACGCGACGAGUUGAUGAAUUCGGACCAAUACACAGCAGCAACAUCGAGAAUCCACAUAUAAGCUAGCCAUUUUAAUUCAUAGUCGCGUGAUUUACAAUUAAUUCUCGGUCAUAUUGAGAUUCACAUCUUGGAAUUCGAAUAAAGUUUAAGGUCUCAUCAAUAUUCUAUGUACAACAAUAUGUAUCAUUCUAGGCGCACUUUCCGUACACUGUCUCGCACCUCUCUCUUUCUCUCUCUCUCCCUCUCUCUCUCUCUCUC